CCGCGCGGCCGGGGCGCCGUCCCAGGGCAGGGCUGCCCGGCCCCGGCCCCGGGCCGCCCGCGCUCCCCAUGAAAAACCAGCUCCGCGGCCCCCCAGCGCGGGCGCACAUGUCGGCCUCGGGGGCGUCGGCGGCUGGGGGCACCGGGGCGGGGUCGGAGCCCGGUGCGGGGUCUGGUUCCGGCGCCGGUACCGGGGCAGGCGCGGCGGCGGGUGCGGGGGCCAUGCCUUGCAAGAGUGCCGAGUGGCUGCAGGAGGAGCUGGAGGCGCGCGGCGGCGCGUCCCUGCUGCUGCUCGACUGCCGGCCGCACGAGCUCUUCGAGUCGUCGCACAUCGAGACGGCCAUCAACCUGGCCAUCCCGGGCCUCAUGCUGCGCCGCUUGCGCAAGGGCAACCUGCCCAUCCGCUCCAUCAUCCCCAACCACGCCGACAAGGAGCGUUUCGCUACGCGCUGCAAGGCGGCCACCGUUUUGCUCUACGACGAGGCCACGGCCGAGUGGCAGCCAGAGCCUGGCGCUCCCGCUUCGGUGCUUGGCCUUCUCCUGCAAAAGCUGCGCGACGACGGCUGCCAGGCCUACUACCUCCAAGGUGGUUUCAACAAGUUCCAGACAGAGUACUCAGAACACUGCGAGACCAACGUGGACAGCUCGUCCUCGCCGAGCGGCUCACCGCCCACCUCAGUGUUGGGUCUGGGGGGCCUACGCAUCAGCUCUGAUUGCUCAGAUGGUGAGUCGGACAGAGAGCUGCCCAGCAGUGCCACCGAGUCAGACGGCAGCCCUGUGCCAUCCAGCCAACCGGCCUUCCCCGUCCAGAUCCUGCCCUACCUCUACCUCGGCUGCGCCAAGGACUCCACCAACCUGGAUGUGCUCGGCAAGUACGGCAUCAAGUAUAUCCUCAACGUCACGCCCAACCUGCCCAAUGCCUUCGAGCACGGGGGCGAGUUCACCUACAAGCAGAUCCCCAUCUCUGACCACUGGAGCCAGAACCUCUCCCAGUUCUUCCCUGAGGCCAUCAGCUUCAUCGAUGAGGCCCGCUCCAAGAAGUGCGGUGUCCUGGUGCACUGCCUGGCAGGCAUCAGCCGCUCGGUGACGGUCACGGUGGCCUACCUGAUGCAGAAGAUGAACCUGUCGCUCAAUGAUGCCUACGACUUUGUCAAGAGGAAAAAGUCCAACAUCUCACCCAACUUCAACUUUAUGGGGCAGCUGCUGGACUUCGAGCGGACGCUGGGGCUGAGCAGCCCGUGUGACAACCACACCCCCAGCGAGCAGCUCUACUUCUCCACGCCCACCAACCACAACCUGUUCCCACUCAACACGCUCGAGUCCACGUGAGGCCGGGGGCACGGGGCAACGGGCCAGCCCCUCCCGGGCCUCCACAGGGCCCGCAGGGAGGGCCCACGCCUGCUGCCUCUGGCGUGAGGAACCCGGACAUCGCCUGUGCCCAGAGGUGAGCUUCCCUCACCGUCCCGGGGAGGGUGCAGCCCACAGCCAGGCCUCCCCCGGCAGGACUUUCCGGAGGGGCCCUCAGCUCUCAGACAUGUGGCUUUGGGAGUCCAGUGGGGCCUCGUCCUUGUCCCAGGACACUCCUUUCUGCUGAUGGCCCAGCCAGUUUGGCUCUUUUUUUUUUAAAGACACAUCCAUGGACCUGAGUUUACUUUUUAUUUUUGGCAGGUAAAUCCGAGCUCCCUGGAGCAGAGAGUGUUCAAGCUCUUCUUGAUUUUUCUUUUUUAAUGAAAAGUGUUAUUUUCAGGCUACAUGCAACAGUGGAUUGUAUAAACCAGUAUUUCAUCCCUUUCUUGAUCCUGCGAGAGAGAGAGAGAGAGAGAGAGAGAGAGAAGUGUUAUCAGUUUGUUUUUCUUCUUCUUUCAAAAAGCAAUUCUUGGGUUUUUGUUUUUAAUGGAAAAGACAAACCCCGCGUUGAUCUUGACCAAAAGCGUUUUGCACAUGUGUGAAGCCUCCGUUUCCGCAGCGGCCCUUAAAGGGGUGGUUCGCUGCUCUCGCCAGCUUUGGACUCCCAGGCCUGCCCACACCUCCCACCUCGGCCCAGCCCGACCUGGCGCUGCAUUUGCCUGUGAUGACUGCCGCGAGUGGUGAGUGGUGGGCUGGACAGGUGGCCUUUGCAUUCUCUGCCCACCCAACUGCCCUUCUGGUGGUCCCUGCCAACUGCCCCAGGCAGCAGAGGGAGGCCCUGCCACUGUCCUGCUGGAGGUGGGGCCACGGGGGGCUGCCACGCAGUAGCAUUAACCCUCCGGGCUCAGCCCCGAGGGGGGCCUGGGCCCCAGGCCCUUUUUAUAUGUACCCACUACUUGCUUCUUCCUCUCUCUGUCUGUUGGUAGCUGAGGGUGCAGGCCCAGUGGCUGGGGGGGGGUGUAGGUGGUGGCACCCAGCCCUGCCUCCCCCGAGUCUCUUCCCUCACCCUGGUUGUUGCUUUGGUUCAGCUGCCACUCCCAGCCCCCUCAACCCGUGAAAGCCUGCCCUAUGCUCAUCUUGCCCCUGCCUUCUAUUAAGAAACUCGCACCCAUUUCAAUCCCAGGGCAGGGGUGGGUGGCGAGGAUGGACAAGGAAAGGGGUGUGAGGCUCUGUCCAUCCCUCCACCCCCAUAUCCACAGAACAAAGCCACGGAUUCCGUUAUCCUCCUCCAGUUUUGUUCCUUCUCCAACCUCAGUUCUCCCAGGUGUCAGGACUGCAUAAGGCCUGGGGAGGGGUGAGCAGUCGGGCUGGGGUCCCUGAGCGAGCCAGCACUCAGCAUGUGAGCAAGGCCACGGAAACUCUGCCCCCACUGCAUCUUACCUCACAGGGGUGGUUUUCAGGGAUUCUUUAAGGCAGCAGAUUAAAAUCUUGCCACAGUCAAGAAAUUGACAAAAAGCUUCCAUGCUGUACAUGGUUCUCUUUCUCUCUUUUGUACCUUUAAAAAGAAAAACCCAGAAAGAUGCAUCAGAUUUGUGUAAAUGAGGGUAUGCCAAGAGGGUGGCCAGUUUUGCUUUAUGAACUUAUGAAGGAAAAUUUGUGACCCUACAUAUAUAUACACACACAUACAUAUAUAUAUCCCGAUCCAGCAACGGGACUUUGUUUAUAUUGCAAAUAAAUAUUAUUUUUUCUUUAAAA